AUGGCAGUGUAUAUUAACAAUCUUAAUAAACUUAUACUCAUGUGGGAGGGUCAGCGGCUGAAGCAGCUCUGCUCCGAAGUGGGCGAGGCGCUGCUCUCGGAGCAAACCUACAAUACGCGUCUGCGGCUGCUGGUCAAGUACUUCACCACCGACUAUGAGGACAUGCACUACUGCUAUAUGGCCAAAUAUGUUUUCUGUGAGCUGCUCAAUUUCCUCAUCAGCAUUUUGAAUAUUCUGGCGCUGGAUGUUUUCCUCAAUGGCUUCUGGAGCAAGUACUUGCACGCCUUGGCCAGCAUACCGCUCUACGAUUGGGAUCGCUGGAAUCGCAUCUCUUCGCGCGUCUUUCCCAAGAUUGCCAAGUGCGAGGUGCUCAAGUAUGGCGCCAGUGGCACCGCCAGCAUUAUGGAUAAUCUUUGCAUUCUGCCGCUCAAUAUUUUGAAUGAGAAAAUCUUUGUCUGCCUCUGGUGCUGGUUUCUGCUCAUGGCCAUUAUGUCUGGACUGAAUCUGCUCUGUCGUCUGAUUAUGAUUGCCAGUCGCACGCUACGUGAGCUCAUGAUACGCAGUCAGCUGCGCUUUAUGACCAAGCAGCAUGUCCAGCGCGUUUUUCGUGAACUCACCAUUGGCGAUUGGUUUCUGCUGAUGAAGGUCAGCGUCAAUGUCAAUCCCAUGCUCUUUCGCGAUCUCAUGGAGGAGCUUUGCCAGCUGCGCGCUCUGCAGAGCAUGUCGUCCGCCUCCUCGGUCACACUGCUCGACGAGAGUGCAGCCUAAUCCCAGUUGUAUAUUAAUCUAAUACUAACACACACACACACACACAGUCACACACACACAUAUGCAUAAUCUUUGGUUUCCCUUACAAUUGUCAAACUCAAACCAAACUCGCCGUGCUUCGUAUUUUCGCUAUAAAUAUAUAUUUUAUGCAAGGCUAGGCAACUAUAUA